GCUGCUGGGCCAUGCAGCCAUUGUGUAGGGAGGCUUAAGGGAUUUGGGGAAACCACGAGGCAGAGAUGCCAGCAACCUGGCUCGGCGGCUCAGUCUCCACAGAGGGGCGACGGCAGAAGGAGGGCUCAGAACGGACUCCGCCACUCAGGUAGGUAUGAGCAAGACCUGCAGCCCCUUACCUGAGAAGUCCAGGCUCCCAGGCCCUUCUCUCCUGGGGACUUGAAUCACUGCUCUAGUCCUUGCUCUCCAAGAGCCAAGAAUUGAGGCUCAUGAACAUCUUCCUAUCGGGAAUGAAGAACCUAGAUUCCCAGCCUUCUUCCCUCAGACCGAGGGGUCCAGGCACCUGCCCUCCUCCCUCAGACCCAAGAGUCCAGUCUCCAUCCCUCUUCCCCUUCCUUAGGCCCAUAGGUCCGUUCCCCAGCCUUCCUCUCAAACCCAGGGGUCCAGACCCCCCCUCCUCUCUCAGGCCCAGGAUACCCACUCAUAACCUCAGCUCUCCCCUCUCCACAGAUCACCAUGUACAGCUUCAUGGGUGGCGGCCUCUUCUGUGCCUGGGUGGGGACCAUCCUGUUGGUGGUAGCCACAGCAACGGACCACUGGAUGCAGUACCGGCUGUCGGGGUCUUUUGCACACCAGGGCCUGUGGCGUUACUGCCUGGGCAGCAAGUGCUUCCUGCAGACGGAGAGCAUCGCAUAUUGGAAUGCCACCCGGGCUUUCAUGAUCCUGUCUGCCCUGUGUGCCACCUCGGGCAUCAUCAUGGGUGUCCUAGCCUUUGCACAGCAGUCCACCUUCACCCGCCUCUCCAGGCCCUUCUCUGCCGGCAUCAUGUUUUUUGCCUCCACUCUUUUUGUCCUGUUGGCCUUGGCCAUCUACACCGGAGUCACUGUCAGUUUCCUCGGCCGCCGCUUUGGGGACUGGCGCUUUUCAUGGUCUUACAUCCUGGGCUGGGUGGCCCUGCUCAUGACCUUCUUUGCAGGAAUUUUCUACAUGUGUGCCUACCGGAUGCACGAGUGCCGGCGCCUAUCCACACCACGCUGA